CACAACUUUCGUUUUCUGAAAGCCAAAACAAAACAAAUAAAGCAUAACACAAAACAAAAAGGGAGGACAUCCAUUAUUACACACACGUGCCCUUAAAUACAGUACUUAUAAAGUAUUUAACAAUGGCUGUGAUGUCUAAUGUGUUUCAUAACUUGAAAGACAUCACAGGCUUGACAUAUGAUCAGGUGAAGUUUGUUGUGACUGUAUUUCUAUGUUUACCCUUGAGUUACAUUUUCCGCACCUGUUGCAGUACGAAAACUAUUUCACCUGCUACAAGACAUUACCUUUCAUUGAUAUGUGGGGCUGGUCUUCUCACAUUUUGCUUUGGAAGACAAGCAGUGCACCUUUUGCUGUCUUCUGUGAUGAGUUACAUUCUUAUGCUUUGCAUUGAUGAAGCUGUUGUUCAUAGAUAUGUAUUUGUGUGUGCAAUGACAUAUCUUUCAGUCAUUCACAUCAAUCGUAUGCUCACUCAAAAUGGUUAUGUGAUAGACAUCUCAGGGCCACUUAUGCUUGCAACAAUCAAAAUAACAUAUGUUGGUUUUAAUAUACAUGAUGCUUUCAUGUUGAAGAGGGAAGACGAAAAUAAACCAACAAAACCAACAUUGUUGGAAUACCUCAGUUACAUAUUUGGCUUUACGACAGUGUUUUGUGGCCCACCACCUGAAUUUCAGGAUUACAAAGCAUUCAUCGAAGAAACACAAUACAUCAAAUUUACGCAGCAAAAAAAGAUUCCAUCACCUGUUCUUCCAGCUUUAGCUAAAUCUGUAUUAGGGUACGCAAUGGUAGCUUGUUACGCAAUAUUGGUACCCUAUUAUGAACCUCACUUUCUUGGAAACAAGGAAAGGUUAGCCAACUCUAGUUUGUUGUCAAACAUAUUGUUCGCUGAAAUGGUUAUAUAUCUCAACAAAGCGAAAUAUUUUUCACCGUUUUUAAUCGGAGAAGGUGUUGGUAAUAUGGCUGGUCUUGGUUUUAAUGGAUACGAUAAAAAUGGAAAUCCGUUGUGGAAUAAACUUCAAAAUAUGAAUCCGUUUGGUUUAGAGAUUGCACGAAAUAUUAAAGAAAAGGUGGAAUGCUGGAAUAUUGUCACGAAUAGAUGGUUAAAAAAAUGCAUAUACAAUCGAACUCGCCACAUGCCGCUCUUAAUGACCUGGUUUUUCUCCGCAUUCUGGCAUGGUUUCUAUCCAGGCUAUUACAUGUUUUUUGUGCCUGUUGGAGUAGGACUCUUCGUCGCGAGAAAGAUGCGCCGAAAAGUUCGACCAUACUUCUUACACUCACCUGCACGUAAGAUAUUCUACGAUGUUGUGACUUUGCUAUGUACAAGAAUGAUUGUUAGCUUUUACGCUGCAGCGUUUACGAUGAUGGAUGCGAGAGCAACGUUAAGAUUUUGGCGCGGUGCGUACUACUAUGGGCAUGUCAUACUAGUUGUUGGUCUGGUCCUGAUUUUUAUUCUGCCUGACGCGGAAGUUUUGGAAGGAAAGCAAAAUGGCGUCUUACAUAUGCCAAAUGGAAGCAGUUUGCACGACAAGAAUGGGUUCACAAAAACAUCGCAUGAAGAAUAGCGCCUGUUUAUGUAUUCUUUAUUUUUACACUGGUUCUUUGAAAGAUAGCCUCAGACCAUUUUGCGCUGGUUACAAAUUUACUUCGCUUUUUCGUCGGUUGUUGGCAGCCUCAUACUUUUUUUUGUUGAGCUUUCAUACUCACCCUUUCGAUUUGCUUUACGAUAUGUUAACUAUCAAGGUCUUCAGACUGACGCUGACCCCUUGUCCGCGAGAAUCCUCAAUAUAGCAUUGUCAAGACCCAGUGGCGCCAAAUGAUCCGACAAGGUAGAAAGUUUUAUAAAGUUAUUUUUAUGUGUUUAGGCUAUGGAUAAUGUUUUUGUACAAUUUGAAAAUAAUUAUUUUUUGUUCGUAAACAAAACAAGAUUUUUUUA